AUGAAGGAGAAGAGUUCCAGUGACGACGGCAUCAGCGCCGCAAGCCACGGCGUUGGCGACAUCUCCCAGCUCGAGGCCCAGGCCCAGCUUCGCUCCGUCCAGCAGCACCACCUGCACGACCCCAACCUCCCCGACGACUUCCUCGACGACGUCGCCGACGCGCUGGCCGCCGCCGACUCCAAGACGGCCGUCGCCACCGCCGCCCACGUCCUCGAGGACUCGCCGUACCCAGAGGUCCGCGCCGCCGUCCGCAACUACGACGAGGACGUCCCGGCCAACACCAUCCGCGCCUGGGUCAUCGGCAUGCUGUUUACUACCAUCGGCUCCGGGCUCAACAUGCUCUUCAGCAUGCGCGCGCCGUCCAUCAUCAUCACCACCUACGUAGCCCAGCUGCUGUGCCACCCGGUCGGCCUCGCCUGGGCGUGGGCGAUGCCGAACCGGCAGUAUUCCCUGCUGGGGUUGAAGUUUAACCUGAACCCGGGGCCAUGGAACAAGAAGGAGCACGCGCUGGUGGUCAUCAUGGCCAACGUCAGCUUCGGCGGCGGCUCGGCGUACAGCACCGACAUCAUCCUCGCCAUGAAGCAGUUUUACAAGCAGGAUUUCGGGUGUCUGACCCGGCGAGAAACAACAGGGGGCUUUCAGCUCCUCCUCACAUUCACCAUCUCCAUGUGCGGCUUCGGCAUGGCCGGCCUCUUCCGCCGCUACCUCAUCGAGCCCGCCGCCAUGAUCUGGCCGACCAACCUCAUCAACACCUCCCUCUUCUACGCCCUGCACGACCACUCGCCCUCCGACCCGGCCCGCACCAACGGCUGGUCCGUCGGCCGCUACCGCUGGUUCGCCUACGUCUGCGCCGGCUCCUUCGUCUGGUACUGGUUCCCCGGCUUCAUCGCCCCCUUCCUCAGCGUCUUCGCCUUUGCCACCUGGAUCCGCCCGCAGAGCCCCGUCGUCAACCAGCUGUUCGGCGGCUGGACGGGAAUCUCCCUGAUCCCCAUCACGUUUGACUGGACCCAGGUCAGCGGCUACACGACCUCGCCGCUCAUCUUUCCCUGGCACGCCAUCGCCAACACCACCGUGGGAGUGGUCGUCUUCAUGAUGAUUGCCAACAUUGGCAUUCAUUAUACCAACACGUUUUACAACUUGUACCUGCCGAUCAGCGACUCGGAGAGCUACGACAACAUGGCGCAGGUGUACAACGUAAGCCGCGUCCUGACGCCCAACUUUGAGCUGGACAUGGAAAAGUACAAGGCCUACUCGCCACUGUUCCUGUCCGCCACCUUCACCAUGGCCUACGGCGUCUCCUUUGCCGCCAUCUCCGCGCUCGUCGUCCACACCAUCCUCAACCACGGCAAGGAGAUUUGGCAGCGCCUCACCGCCGUCGGCAAGCACGACGACGACGACGACGUCCACACCCGGCUGUACUCCAAGUACGACCCCGUGCCCUUUUGGUGGUACGCCGUGCUCUUCCUCGCCAUCUUCGGCAUGGGCUUGGGGACGGUCCUCGGCUACGCGACCAACAUGCCCGCCUGGGCGUACAUCGUCGCCAUGGUCCUCGCCUGGCUCUUCAUCCUGCCCACCGGCAUCAUCCAGGGCGCCACCAACGUGCAGCUCGGCCUCAACGUGCUCACCGAGUUCCUCGCCAGCUACAUGCUGCAGGGCCGGCCCGUCGCCAACAUGCUCUUCAAGGCCUACGGCUACAACGCGCUCUACCAGGGGCUCGCCUUCGUCAGCGACAUGAAGAUGGCCGUCUACAUGAAGGUGCCCCCGCGCACCGUCUUCCUGGGCCAGACCGUCGCGGUCGUCUGGUCCUCCGUGGUGCAGGUGGCGGUGCUGAACUGGGCGCUGGGCGCGAUCGAGGGCAUCUGCGAGCGCGACCAGCCGGACCACUUCACCUGCCCCGGCGCCAAGGUCUACUUCAACGCGUCGGUCAUCUGGGGCGUCAUCGGGGCGCAGCGCAUGUUCGGCCCCGGCGCGCUGUACUCCCCGAUGCUCUGGUUCUUCCUGGUCGGCGCCGUCUGCCCGGUGCUCACGUGGGCGGUGCUCCGGCGCAACCCGCGCUCGGCGGUAAGCUACGUCAACUGGCCAAUCAUCUUUGGCGGCAGCGGCAUGAUCCCGCCGGCGACGGCGCUCAACUACCUGUCCUGGGCGUGGGUCGGCUUCCUCUUCAACAAGUACAUCCGCAACAAGUACCGCGGCUGGUGGAUGCAGUUCAACUACGUCACCUCGGCCGGGCUCGACGUCGGCCUCGCGCUGAGCACCAUCCUCAUCUUCCUGGCGCUCGGCCUGACGGGCACCGAGAUGACGCCCUGGUGGGGGUCGGUCGGCGCGCUCAACACCAUGGACGUCCAGGAUACGGCCAUCAUCAGGCCUCUGGCGGAUGGGGAGACGUUUGGACCCAAGACUUGGUGA